AUGGUUUUGGAUUUUAUUUCCCCUGUGUUUGAUGAUGGUGAAGCCACUGCUUGUCUUCAACAUGAAGAAAUUUGUAAUGAGGCUAGAAAAUGGUUAAAUGCGAUUAUUUUCUAUGUUAUUGGUGAUUCACCGACUAUUAAGUGUUUGAAUGUAUACAUGGAAAGGAAUUGGCCUUUUGUGACUCAUCCUGAGAUUUUCUACCAUGAAGAAGGGUAUUUUGUUAUUCGGUUUAAAACUAUGGCCGAAAAGACUAAAGUUCUUGCGUCUGGUACGUAUACUCUUGCCAAUAAGCCGAUCAUAGUGAAACCAUGGACUCAUGAUUUUGAUUUUCAGAAGGAGGUCUUGACUGAGAUUCCUCUUUGGCUUAAACUUCCAAAUCUUCCUCUUAGUUGUUGGGGGUCAAACUCUUUGAGUCGUAUUGGGAGUGUUAUUGGUAAACCAAUCAUGGCUGAUGAAUGUACCACAGUUCAAUCUCGAAUUUCAUAUGCGAGACUGCUAGUGAAGGUUGAUGUUACUAAACCCAAGCUUGAUGCAGUGAAAGUGGUGGAGCCGAAUGGUAGAACUUUUAUGCAGACUAUUGUGUUUGAUUGGUAUCCUGUGUUUUGCAAAACAUGCCAGAAAAUAGGACAUGACUGUACUGCUUUACCACGAACGAAGAAGAAUAUUCGAGGGGUGAAAUAUAAGCAAGUCUUGACUCCAAAGGAGACUGCUCAGCCAUCAGUGGUUGAACCAGUUCAACAUGUUCCUGUUGUUCCUGUUACUGAGACCAGGGAUUCUUGGACUACUGUGGUGGGACGGUCUGCUGCGAAGAUUGGAAAUGCUUUAGCUUCUUCUCAGGCUGCUCCAGUUUCAGUCAAUAACGUGUAUGAUUCUUUGUUUUCUGAUCCUAUUGUUGAGAGGAGUACAAGUUCUACUGGCGGGGGCAGUCUCCUCCUUGGUGAAACAUGA